AUGAUCUUGUACUUGCAGCAAGGUGUUUUACCCAUAGAUGCUGAAGCAUCAAGGCUGGUCAGGAAAAGAGCUCAUGAUUAUACACCGAUCGGGGAGCAGCGAUACAAACGGGCAUUCUCUCGAUCCUUACUCAAAUGCUUGGGCUUGGAUGAAGCGGAGUAUGCUUUGAAGGAGAUUCACCAGGGGUGUUGCGGUAGCCACGUGGGAGGAAGGGCAUUGUCUUGGACGAUAUUGCUAGCCGGGUACUUCUGGCACACCUUGCAGAAGGAUGCCCAGCAGAUGUUCGAGAUCCCCGACAAGUUAGUCUCAGAUAACGGGAGGCAAUUCCAAGGACGCAAGAUUCAGGAAUGGUGCCAAGGGUUUGGCAUCACCCAGGCCUUCACUUCCGUGGCAUACCCUCAGAGCAACAAACAGAUCGAGGUCAUCAAUAGGGAGAUAGUGUGUGGGUUCAAAGUCAAGCUGGAUCAUGUAGGUGGUAACUGGAUGGAAGAGCUACCUAGCAUCCUUUGGGCCUACCUAACGACACCUUAA